AUGUGGCUCGACCGCAUCUCGGGCCAUUCCACCCCCUCCGGUCCUCAAGCCGACAGUCGCAGUAACUCCCCGCUGCCUCGACGCUCCUCCUCCCGCCUCUCUCCUUAUGCGCAAUCCGCCCGCCCGACUUCCUCCACCCGACAAGGUUCCUCCCUCUCGGUCCUCGUGACGCCCAGUGACUCCAAUGUCUCGCUUCCGGCAACGGUGCGCGGUGAUGGGUCGGUGUUGACCCAAUCCGCUGCAAGGUCCCGUCCCUCCGACGUGGCCGAUCCACUGCAGGUGCUAAACGGCAUUAUUGGGAAACAAAAGGAGAAUGCAUUGCAGACGGACAAACUCACGCCGACCUCCGCUGUAGUAAUAGAGAAGCCUUCGACGCUGGUGGAGGACAUUGACUUCAACGGAUUGAGUCUCGAGGACUUCGCCGCCGCGGAAUCGGAGCCUCGCCGGACCGCCAGCGAUGUCGGGGCGCAGACCAUCCGACAGUUCGAGCAAGAGCGAGACAAAUUCCAGGAUCUUCAUUCGGCCAUCACGGGGUGUGACGACGUGUCUAAAUCGGUGGAGAUGUAUAUGGGUGACUUUCAGACCGAACUGGGCGCGGUCUCGGCGGAGAUCGAAACCCUGCAGACCCGCUCCGUGCAGCUGAACGCCAUGCUAGAAAAUCGACGCAACGUGGAGCAGCUUCUAGGACCCGCGGUGGAGGAAAUCAGCAUCUCUCCGCGAACGGUGCGGGUGAUCGCGGAGGGCCCCAUCGACGACAAUUGGGUCAAGGCCUUGAACGAGAUUGAGACGCGGACCGCCAGUAUUGAGGCUCGAGUGUCCAGCUCGACUACGACGGCGUCAAUUGAAGAUGUGCGACCGCUCCUCGGCGAUAUCAAAAAGAAGGUGGGAACUACCGAACUACCCCCUGAGCGGUUUCAUACAACAAGUUGA